GAAAGUUUGUUGAGAAAGAGAAGCUUGCCAGAAAAUUGAAAAUUGUUGAGAAAAAGAAAUAUUGUUGGAGAAAGAAAAGGUUGUUAGAAAAAGAAAGAGUUGUCAGAAGAGAGAAGAUUGUCAAAAAGGAAGGGUUGUUAGAAAAAAAAAAGAUUGUUGGGAUA